ACCCUGACACUGACUUGUGCAACAACAGGCUUGUGUUUUUAAAAAGACAUUCACGUGAGUGAUAUGGAAAUCUUUCAAAACCUGGCUCUUCCAAGUGGGUACGGUUAAAACUCUAGCCUUUUAAAAGCAAAACAGGAAAGCUGUGGAGGGACAGCAGAAGGGGUUAAAUGAAAUACAACUCUCCUUUUCCUGUGCAGUAAGGAUUAGCAACCAAACAGAAGCUAGAGGAGAGAGAGGAGGGUGUUGAAUUAGAAGACUGGCGAUUUGGUUCUGGAUACUUGAGUGGUGUUCCACGGUGGCAUCACUGCCUCUCUUGCCAUCAUCUGCCAAGAGACUCCAGUGGCAGGACACAAUGGCAUUAAUAUUCCUACUGCUUAUGCUAGCAGUGAUGCCUUCUUCCACGUCAGCCGCUCGAAAAGCAAAGAGGCAAAAUGACUUCUGGGGAAGCUGGGGAGAGUGGAGUGAAUGCAGCCGGAGCUGUGGUGGGGGAGUCAGUAUUCGGCCGCGGCGUUGCUACUCACAAAGGACAGAUGGUGGGUCCAGUUGCAUAGGACCAACUCGAAGCUAUCGCUCAUGCAAUGUUCAGAAUUGUCCUGAAGGCUCAAAAGAUUUUCGAGCAGAACAAUGUGCUGUGUUUGAUGGGACAGAAUUUCAGGGGAAAAGAUACAAGUGGCUUCCCUAUUAUGGAGCACCCAAUAAAUGUGAACUAAACUGCAUCCCAAAAGGAGAAAAUUUCUACUACAAGCACAAAGAAGCUGUGACUGAUGGGACACCCUGUGAGCCAGGGAAACAUGACAUCUGUGUGGAGGGAGCCUGUCAAGCUGUUGGUUGUGAUAACAUGCUGGAUUCUUCUAAGAAGGAAGACAAGUGUCUACAAUGUGGUGGAGAUGGCAGAGCCUGUUUUGAAGUGAAGGGCCUCUUUGAUGUGCCCAACCUUCCUAAAGGCUACAAUCAAAUCCUCAUCAUUCCCGUGGGAGCCACAAGUAUCUGGAUUAAGGAAGCGACACCUACCAAGAACUUCUUGGCCAUCAAGAAUGUGCGAGGAGCAUACUAUCUGAACGGCCAUUGGACGAUUGAGUUUAGCCGGGCCUUGCAUAUUGCUAGUACAGUGGUGCAUUAUGACAGGGGUUCUGAGGGAGAUCUGGCCCCGGAGCUCCUUCAUGCCAGGGGUCCCACCACUGAGCCUUUGGUUAUCGAGCUUAUCAGCCAGGAACCAAACCGAGGGGUACAUUAUGAAUACUACCUGCCGUUCCAAAGGCCGAGAUCAGGCUACAGCUGGGGCUAUGGCUCUUGGGGUGAAUGCAGUGCUGAGUGUGGUGGAGGUUAUCAGUCACGUCUGGUCUUUUGUACCAUUGACAAUGAAGAAUAUCCAGAUUAUAUGUGCAGAGACAAACCACAGCCAGAAAAUAACCGAACGUGUGGCCUUCAGUCAUGCCCCCAGACUAAACGGAUAUCUUACCUCUAUCUGGCGGGAGCAUGGAGCCGCAACAGAGCAUGGAGCUUGCAAACAAAGAGCUGGAAAGUUGGGGACUGGGGAGCUUGCUCAGCCAGCUGUGGAGGAGGCACACAGACUCGGUCAGUAUAUUGUGUCUCCUACAAUGGACAUAGUUCUCAGGAUGCUGAGGAUGAUGCUGAGUGUGCAUCCUUAAGAGAGAGGCCCCGGAGCACACAGCCUUGCAACAUGCGGCAGUGUGCAACAUGGACCACAGGGCCUUGGUCUGAGUGCUCAGCUAGCUGCGGGGAAGGUAUUCAGACCCGGACUGUAAGCUGCAGGGCAUUGCUGGGCUCUCGGACUCUGGAUGUUGCCUGCUUGACAGAACCGAAACCUCCGCAAACUCAGCCUUGCGUUGGGGAGAAUUGCAUACAGGAGAUAGGGUGGCACAUUGGGGACUGGGGAUUGUGCUCGAAGAGCUGUGACUCAGGCAUCCGAACCCGCCAGGUCAUCUGUGCUGACGGCGAUUCCAAAUUCUACAACCAUGAGAUGUGCCAGGCCAUCCAGCCGCAGAUCCCAACCAUGCUCGGAAGCUGCAACACCCAGCCCUGUCAUCUGCCACAGCAAGUUCCCAGUAUGCAAGAUGCCACAGGCUAUGAUAUCAAUCGCCAGUCCUUAUUGACUCGUUACAACCCUGAACAUGGCGCCACAGUUUCUAGAAGUGAAAGAAUAAUCCAAGCUGGUUCUACUACUCAUCAUCAGCUCCAGCCCAAAGAAGAUCAUAGCUCCAAUUUCCUGCCCCUCCGAUGGGAGUCUUCUUUGAGCUCCUCAGCGUCUCGCCAUUUCAACUCCCACCAAAAUAUUGGGACUGAGGUUCAGGACUGCAGCCAGAGUCCUCAUGGCUGCUGUUCAGACGGUCACACUGCAGCAGCUGGUCCCUUUGGGCAAGGUUGCCCGCUUGACCCUUGCCAUCUGAGCAGGUAUGGAUGCUGCCCUGAUGGAAUAUCACCUUCUCAGGGGCCAAAUAAAGAAGGAUGCACACAGUACUACAGUGAUGUUUAUGCAAGCCGAGUUCUGUCCCAGCAGAGGCCAACAGAGGAGUGCCGAAGUUCUAUGUAUGGCUGUUGCUAUGACAACGUUGCUUCUGCUUCAGGGCCUCAAGGUGAAGGAUGCCUCAACAGACCCAGCCAAGCUUACCCUGUCAACUGUCUGCUACCCAGUGCCCAUGGGCCUUGCACAGACUGGACGACUCGCUGGUACUUUGUAAAUGAUGCUGGGAAAUGCAAUCGAUUCUGGUAUGGGGGCUGCCAUGGCAAUAAGAAUAACUUUGCUUCUGAAGAGGAGUGUGUGAAAACUUGCCAUGGGUCAGUGGGAAGAAGUGAUGUGAGGCAUCAUCACCAUGUUGCAGCUCCUAACAGCCACUCUAGUACUCACCUGCGAGAUGUACAGGGACAGCAGUCUGUAAGAGGAGCCAUCAGUCACAGCCAUGGAGGAGGAGCUGCUCUCCCUGCUCAAGCUGGCUCAGAAACUCACUCAGCACUACAUCACAGUGAGCGAGUCUGGGGAAGGACCAUGGUUAUAGAUGCUCUGCCGGAGUCUCAGCAGAGGACUGGCAUGCUAGAUGGCCAGCAGCACGGUUCUCAUCAGUCAGCGGCUCAUGGGGAAAGAAGGAUGGAUCCAGCAAACCCUCUACAUGGUUUGGGGGAAACGGUAAUUUCUGGACGCUCUGAGAGGCGGCUGACUGUCAAUGGUCAGACAGUUCACCAUGACCGUGAAGACUGGAGGAGGGAAUCUGGAGCGGAUGGGUCAAUAGUGAAUGGAUUUGAGCAUCAAGACCCACCCAGCUCUUCCUUUCAACACUCGCUGAACAGGGUCCUCCUGGAUGGAUCAGAGUCUUCUGCAGUGGAGGCAGGCUUGGGGCAGAGCAUUCGUCUUCUCUGCAAGGCGGGCAAUGCCCGUUUCUCCAGAGUUGAAUGGCAGAAAGAUGGGCGGCCAGUGUCCUCUGACAGGCAUACCUACCAGUCUGACAGUUCCUUGGUGAUCAGCCAGCUCAGAGCUGAGGAUGCUGGGACCUACAUGUGCAUAAUUUCUAAUGGAAGGACAGAACGCAGACAGAUUGAGUUGAGGAUCAAAGAAAUCCCUGGAUCUGCUGCUGCACAAGGAACGAGGCAUCAGCUUACUCAUGGUCAGAAUCACCAGCACAGAGGGUUUGGUACAGGAGUUAGUAGUGGGCAGUCACUUGUCUCCACGAUACGUCCUCAUAUUAUAUACAGGUUAAAAAUGUCUAAGAAUGAGCCUUCAGUGGUCGAUGCCAAUAUUGGUGAACGAGUCAGAUUGCCUUGCCGGGUGGAGGCUUCGCCUUCCUUAACCAUCAAGUGGCAGAAGGAUGGACAGCCCAUCUCCUCUCCCAGAUACAGGCAGCAGUCUGAUGGUGCCCUGGUGCUCAGUCGCCUUGCAGCUGAAGAUGCUGGCUUCUUUACCUGCAUUGCUUCCAAUGGCCAGGACCAGGAUCAGAGAAGGAUCCAGAUCAGACCAAGAGGAGAGUUAAGAAUCAGUGAUCUGCAACCCAACCUGUCUGUGUCAGAGGGAGAGACUGCUCGGCUUCAAUGUGUUGUGACAGGCAACAAUGUCAACAUAAGAUGGUCAAGAAAUGGGGUUCCGGUGAGAGCGGAUGGCAGUCACGUCCAGAUGUCUCAAGAUGGAAGCCUGCUUAUAAACAAUGUGCAGAUCGGUGAUGAGGGGUCCUACACCUGCAAUGCCUACAGUGGCAGCAACUCUGUCAGUGCCAGUACACAUGUGAAAGUCAUCAAGAGGAGGCCAGAAGUGGCUGCAUCGUUUCCUGUGGACCUAAGCAGGGAAUGUGUCGACCAACCACAUCUUGCCAACUGUGACCUUAUCCUACAGGCCCAGCUAUGCAGUAAUGAGUAUUACUCCAGCUUCUGCUGUGCCAGUUGUUCUCGCCACCAUGGCUGAGCCUCAUGCUUCCCCCCAUCGACCCUCCCACUCACGCACUUGCGAUCCUUCUCCAGUUGAAAGAAUCAUAUUACCUACAGUGGCAAUUUCUCAAGAAGCAAUCUCAGAUAUGUUUACUCAAGCAUACACACUGGGAAGUCAGGAUGGCCAAUAUGGCAACAGGUAGAACAGUUGUCACUAGUCAAGUCUCCACUUUUGUAAGCUUUCUGUAACCAAGAGGACCUAAUUCUCUGACAGCUGGCUGACCUGUACAUAUAAGAAAACAAGAAGUUAUUGUUUCUCUGACAAAGCUUACCAAGCGACAUGGACAAGAGUAAAGUGCAAGAGAGAAAGAUGCCUCAAGACUGGUCAAUGAUAAUGAGCAAUACUCACCUUUAAACUUUAUACAAAAAUAGAUG